GCACAUGACUCAUAUAUCUCUGCAUACAUCUGCAUUCCACAGAGCUGAUAGACUGAUGGGAAGAAGAGAUUCUGCUAGCAGGGUCUAGGGUGCUUGCCUGGAGCUCCAGCCUUCCAGAGGCAGAGGUUCAGAGUCAAGGCUCGCUCCGCUACAAAGUGAGCUCCAGGACAGCAUGGGCCCUACCUGGGACUCAGCUGCAAACCAGGGCUGGCGUGCUGACUUUGGCUGUUCUUCUAAGAGGAGCUGGGUUCUAUGCAUUCACAUAGGAGCUCACAGUCCCCCAGGUCCAGGGUAUCCCGAUGAUGUCCCCUCUAGCCAACCCAGGCACCAGGCACAAAAAUGGCAGAGACAUAAACGCAGGCAAAACACCCAUACAAAUAAAAAAAAUGAAAAGUAAUUUUUAAAAAGCCGGUCAUACAUGCCUUUAGUUCCAGUACUCCUAAAGCAGAGGCAGGCAGGUCUCUCUGUGAGUUUGCCACAGUGAGUUCCAGGCCAGCCAGGCCUACAAAGCGAGAUACUGUCUCAAAGGAAAAAACCAUGUGCACCUACUAGCUGGGCGGUCACUUCGCGAGGCCACUUGGCCUCUGCGAGCCUCAGCGUUCUCUCCUGUGAUGUGAGGGCAGAGAUGCGCUAACUUGGCAAAGGGAAACAGAAAACUUUAUCUGCUGCUUUCGGUUGGGGGGGGUAUUUUCCUCCUCUAAAGCCUGCCUUUUCCUGUAAAUCACGAAUGAUUAUGUUUGACAUUAAAGGUGACUGGCUCAAGGCGUUUAGGGGUGGAGCCUCCCACUAGGAAGCCUAGCCAAAAUAAUAGUUAUUGCCAGAUGCCAGGCUUCUACUGCGGAUUUAGGGUCAUUCCAAGUAGCGGAUUGUUGCAGGCUCGCUAGAACUACCCCAGAGCCCGGCACAGUCUGUGUUAUCAGUUGGAUUCCCACGGUUCCUCAGCAGGAAGGAGGUGGGGUCUGGAAGGGCUGGGACUUUAGGAAAUGAGAGGCCGGCGAGUCUCAGAGAGGUCCCACCUGGCAACAACGGCGGCGUUAGCAGGGCUAGGGCUAUGCGGUCCUCCAGGCCGCGGAGGGGAGCUGGCAGGGGUGCUGUCCCAACCAGGCGGGGCACGGGGACCAUGGGUUCCUGGACUUCCAGGGCCCGGGUCCCCACGCCGGAGCUCGAUCCACGGGAGACGCUAGACCUGAGCCGUCUGCCCCCGGAGCUGCUCCUGCUGGUGCUGAGUCACGUGCCCCCGCGUGCACUGCUGCUGCACUGUCGCCGGGUGUGCCGUGCCUGGCGUGCCCUGGUGGACGGCCAGGCCCUGUGGCUCAUGGUGCUGGCCCGGGACCGCAGCGCUGCCGGCCGCGCCCUGUUGACGCUAGCCCGCCGCUGCCUGCCCCCGGCCCGCGAAGACAGGCCCUGUCCGCUGGGUCAGUUCUGCUUGCGAGGACCGCUUGGACGUAACCUCAUCAGCAACCCCUGCGGUCAAGAAGGCCUGCGCAAGUGGAUGGUGCAGCACGGCGGAGAUGGCUGGGUGGUGGAGAAGAACAUGAAGCCUGUGCCUGGCGCCCCCUCGCAGACCUGCUUCGUGACUUCCUUCAGCUGGUGUCGCAAGAAGCAGGUCGUGGACCUGGAGGAGAAGGGUCUGUGGCCAGAGCUGCUGGACAGUGGCGGUGUGGAGAUUGCCGUCUCUGACUGGUGGGGAGCUCGACACGACAGUGGCUGUAGGUAUCGUCUCCUUGUUAAGCUUCUUGAUGCUCACCAGAACGUCCUAGAUAAGUUCUCGGCUGUGCCAGACCCCAUUGAACAAUGGAACAACAAUAUCUACCUGCAGGUCAGCCAUGUGUUCUCCAACAUCAGGAGGGGUGUCCGUUUUGUGUCUUUCGAACACUGGGGCCAGGACACACAGUUCUGGGCUGGCCACUAUGGGGCCAGAGUGACCAACUCCAGCGUGAUUGUGCAAGUCUGUCAGUCCUAGUCAAAGGCCACCACCGUUUUGACAAGACAGCCUGACUGUGCCUUCCAGGAGCUGGGGCUGCUGACUGGAAUCCUUCACGAAUCAAGCGCUCAAACCUUCCUGGCACAUGUCACUUUGGGAUCAGUGGAGGCUCCUGCUUGGCCACGCUCAGAGUCUCGAACACUGGAGUCCUCCAUCAGCUCUGCCCACUGCUGCUGCUUGUAGAGCAGGGUGUCAGGCGCAUGCUCAUCUCAAGGAGGUCACAAGCUGCCUCUGUUUCAGUCUGCUUGGGUAGAGCGGGGUGCUGGGCGCAUGCUCGUCUCAAGGAGGUCACAAGCUGCUCUGUUUCGGUUCAGUCUCUCGCUGCCCUGUCCUCAGUACUGAUCCCCAGCCUUUUUCUGAGGCAGGGUCUCGGGUAUCCCAGCUGAAAACCAAGGAUGACGCUAGCCUCCUGCCCUUGUCACUCAGCGCUGGGAGUGCAGGCAUGCACCAGGACCUCCCAGGCUUGUGCGGUGCUGGGGCGAGCAGGGGCUUAGUGCAAGCCAAGCGUAUAGUCUACCAACCAAGAAGCAUCCCCAGUAUUGCCUCCUUGUCCCCCUGUUUCUGCCUCAGGGACUUGCGUUGUCCCUUCACUGACGCCCUCCGCUCAUGUCUGAACUUAACGGCUAGCAAAAUUCCAACUCACUUGUGAACCCAAGCGCACAUGGCUACACCCAGGUCUCCUCAUUAAAGGGGGUAUCUGCCCCAAACAAUGAAGAAGGGCCUAGAGCCCCGGCCCUGAUCCUCAGGGACCUCUGUAAUUGUGUAAUAUUUAAAGUUAUUUAUCAUUUUCUCAAACAGUGAGAGAAUAAUAUACCGGCAAUAUCUGUCUGCCAACUGCACUGUAAUAAAUUGAUUAUUUUA